AAAAGGAAACGCCGCCAACUAGCGCACGCGAGCCAAGAAGCAACGCACCACACUCCACUCUCCAGCACCCCGGCAGAGGAAGCGGCCAGCGAGAGAUCCAGAGGCAGCAGCAGCCAUGGCCACCGUCAGCGCCGCCACAGCGACCACCGUCGUCGCCCGCGCCGCGAUCGCCAGGCCGAACGCUCAAGGGCUGCCUCAGCUGAGGGCGAGGAGCGACAGGGUGAGGUGCAGCUACUCCAAGGACGCCAAGAACGCGGCCCCGGUCAGCAUCAAGGGCGCCGGCGCGUCGCUGCUCGCCGCGGCGGGUGCGGUGACCGCGUCCGCGGCACCCGCGCUGGCGCUGGUCGACGAGCGGAUGUCGACGGAGGGCACCGGGCUGAGCCUGGGGCUGAGCAACAACCUGCUGGGGUGGAUCCUCCUGGGGAUCUUCGGCCUCAUCUGGUCCCUCUACACCGUCUACACCUCGGACCUCGACGAGGACGAGGAGUCUGGGGGCCUCUCGCUCUGAAUGCUCUUCUAUCAUUGAUCUGCUUGUAAACAUGGCGGUGAUCGGUGUAAUUUCAGACAUUGCUAUUUGUAUCUAAGUCUUUUGCUUCUUCGA